GAGGUACUAAAACGCUAUUAUCAUGUUUGUCUUAUUCUAAAGUUCGUAAUUAACGUUUAAGAAUGCAAAAAACCCGAUUCAAUUUGGUCUACUAAUAACGGAGAAAAUAGCGUGUGAAGGUCGACUAUUUUUACCUAUGGAAAAUCCAAUCAACGCUACUUCCGGAAACACACUGAAAAGGAGAUUUACCGGAAGUGACGUAUACAGAGUAACUCCCGAGAUUUGUUUCAUUUUGAUCAGUACAAACGUAAACAUGGAUGAAAACAACUCUGAAUUAUCGCUAUCCUUCCAAAGCUCUUCAUUUGAAAGCAUUCAAGAUGGUGAUCGAGCAGAAGAUAUUCAACCUUAUCAGUUUGAGCCAGAACUUUCAGAGAGAAGUAGCGAAGAUGAUGAAGAUCUUGCGCAAAAUGGGGACGUCGAUAUGGAACCCAGAUUGGGAAAUACAAACUGGUGUGACUGUGGACAUUGUGAAUCCAUGCCAACAGCAAAUCAAUGCAUUUGCUGUCAAGAACUAAACAGAAUGACAGACAAAAUGGAGGAACUACCUUCACCUACACUAUGCAUCACAGAGCAUCCUGGAUUUGAGCCGGUGUGUCUGAACCAGUAUGUACUGGAAACAGCAUAUUACCAGUACAGACAACAGUAUGGAGAGAUUCAAGUGACAACUGAAAAGAGAAAUCGUUAUACAGCCUAUCGUCAGUUGGCAAGAUGGGGUUGGGGAUAUCUUGGAAAGUCUGUACGUGUUAGACUCCCAGCAUGUGCUACCAUUGCAAUAAGAAACAAGUUCCAGUCAAACCAGUACAAAGGUUUUGAAGAAGCAUAAAUUGACUUUU